UAAUUAUUCUAUGAAAGAAUUCGUAUAAAGAUUAUUUGUAAGCUUUAUUUUGUUGUAAGUUUUUCUUUAUAAUAUAUCGUUGGAGAUUUCAAAUCCUAUUUUGCUUUUUUUGUCUCUCCCCAAUUCGACAGUGCCUGAACCAGGGGACCAAAAGUUCAAACUGACGACCCGAAGUACACAUUUGAAACCCCCGCCCUCUCUCUCUGUCUUAAAACUCGGCUGCUGAUCCUUUGUCCCAGACCGAAACUCUGCUCGCGUAGUUUAAAUCCGGUCUGUCGUGAAUGGAGGCUAUCAGAAAGCAAGCCACCAAGCUCCGAGAACAGGUCGCUAGGCAACAACAGGCUGUCCUCAAACAGUUUGGGGCUGGGGGAUAUGGAGGUUCAGAUAACCUAGUUACUGAUGAGGUGGAAUUCCAGCAGCAUCAGAGACUUGAGAAGCUUUACAUAUCAACACGUGCUGGGAAGCAUUAUCAAAGGGAUAUUGUUCGUGGUGUAGAAGGAUAUAUUGUCACAGGUUCCAAACAAGUUGAAAUCGGAACAAAGUUGUCAGAGGAUAGCAGGAAAUAUGGCAUGGAAAAUACAUGUACGAGUGGUAGCACAUUAUCAAGAGCUGCAAUGAAUUAUGGGCGUGCUCAUGCUCAAAUGGAGAAGGAGCGUGGAAAUCUGCUGAAAGCUCUUGGUACACAGGUGGCAGAGCCAUUAAGAGCAAUGGUAAUGGGAGCGCCAUUGGAAGAUGCCCGACAUCUUGCCCAGCGUUAUGACAGAAUGCGACAAGAAGCUGAGGCUCAGGCAAUUGAAGUGUCGAAACGCCAAGCAAAAAUGAGAGAAACACCAGGCAAUAGUGAGAAUGUUAUGAAACUGGAAGCAGCUGAAGCAAAGCUACAAGAUUUGAAAUCAAACAUGACAAUACUAGGGAAGGAAGCUGCUGCAGCAAUGGCUGCUGUUGAAGCUCAACAACAGAGGUUAACUCUCCAGCGACUUAUUGCCAUGGUUGAAGCAGAACGUACUUAUCAUCAGAGAGUGCUUCAGGUGCUUGAUCAGCUCGAAGGCGAGAUGAUUUCCGAACGACAACGGAUUGAAGCAGCUCCUACUCCUAGUAUGGAUAACACAAUGCCUCCACCUCCAUCAUAUGAAGAAGUUAAUGGCAUAUAUGCUUCUCCAACCAAUAAUGGAACAACAGACUCCAUGGGUUUCUUUUUAGGGGAGGUUGUGCAUCCAUACCAAGCUGAAUCUGAUGUGGAGCUCAAUUUGUCAAUUGGUGACUACAUUGUUGUCCGAAAGGUGACAAACAAUGGGUGGGCUGAGGGUGAAUGCCAAGGGAAAGCAGGUUGGUUUCCAUUCGGAUACAUUGAAAGAAGGGAGCGUGUUCUUGCAAGCAAGGUGGCUGAAGUGUUCUGAGCUAUUGUGUUCUUUUGGCAUCUUUAGCCCAAGGAUUUUGUACGUGUGGAUGUUUUGCUCCAGCCUCCAAGGUGUAUCUUGUUUUUUUGCAAAUAGAACGCACAAUGUUACAUAUAUCUAUGUGAAAUAGAUGCUGGCUUACCCUUCUUUGGUCUCUCAAAUGGUAUAAACAUUUCUUUCUAA